AUGGUGAAGCACGAGGGUAUCACGAUGGAGUCGAUGGAGAAACUCUUCAAACUACACCUUCGUCAAAUACAGGCGGACCUCGAGGCCAUCAAGGCGCACGGUGUCUCCCAGAACGCCCUCGAUGAGGCGGUGAACCCGCUCAGGGAGGCAGCCAAGAACAUCACCACCCGAGCUGCCGCCUUGGAGGCGAAGCCGUCACGCAAGCGCAACGCGACAAUCGCAACUGGCGACUUCAACGCGAAGUUCUUCGACGAAGAACCGGGGGAAGAUGCGACGUUCGGCGAUGGCGUCUUCGAGUCGAUGGGGCUGGAGAACCGGGAGAUAACGAACAGAG